UUUUUGGUUUUUAUUGAGUGGUAAAACAAAGCAACCUUUGAUUUUGGAACUAACAUAUUUUAUUACCAAUAUUUAUAAUUUUAUUUAAAAUGUUUGUCAAUGUCAACCUAAAUUAUGCUACAUUAUGCUACGUUUUGGUAAAAUUAUGCGUAGCAUAAUGCUAAAUGCUACAGGGGUCUAAAUUAUGCUACAAAAUCUACACAAGCGCGCAUAAAUGCUACGACGGUGUGGUCACGCUGUUGACCUCUGAAAACUUUGACCUUUUGUUAACUGAAGCGUUACACAGGUCGCCUACAAAAAACAUGGGAACUGUCCAUGCGAAGGAGCCAUCGUCGAUGUUACCACCACCCACGGACACAAUGGAAUCCGAACACCAUCACCCUCGUGUGCAGAAGCAUGUAUUCAAGGGUACAACUCCUUGUAAGGUUCAAAAAGUGCACAUCACAGGCUUAGGGAGAACCAAAAAUGAUCUUGUCAUUCCGCAAGUGCAAGAUGUUCUCAAAUCUGAAAACUUUAAGGAUGUCAUCCAGAGGUCAGCAGAGGCUAAGCUCCGCCUUGAAGCCCUUGGAAUCUUCAGCUCAGUUGGUGUUUUGGUUGAUACUGCUAAAGGCCCAGGUGCUAAACCCAAUGGAAUGGACAUCACUUUUAAGGUGAAGGAGACACGCAGACUUCUGGGCAGUGCUCACACCACUGUUGGCAACAAUGAGGGAACCUUGGCACUUGGUGCUAAGAUGCCCAACUUGUGUGGUAGGGCCGAGAACCUAGUGGCUGAAUACUCCAGGAGCAGCCGGAAGUCAAAUGGAUUCAGUGUUACUUUCCUGAAGCCUUAUGGAAAGGAUUUAAACAGGAAGUUCACUGUGAGUGCCUUUAAGAGUGAUGGUGAUUUUCCUCAAAGUUCAUUUAAAGAGACAGACAUAGGAACAUUUGUUGAAUUUGUGGUUCCCAAUGGGUUUAAUCGUCACAAUUUUAGAUGGGAAGGUGUUUGGAGGGAGACUUCUUGUCUUGGUAGAACAGCAUCAUUUGAUGUGAGGUCCGAAGCUGGCCACUCCCUCAAGUCGUCUUUAAAGCAUACAUUCACAAGAGACACCAGAGAUGAGCACAUUUUCCCAUCCAAGGGAUACCUGGUUCGAAUUGCUCAUGAGUUAGCUGGUGAGACUGGAGGGGAUGUUAAGUUCCUGAAGGAGGAGUUUGAGGUUCAGCUUAACAAGAAACUGCUCUUUGAUUCUGUUUUGUCGUGCACAUUGCAAGGUGGAUUAAUGAAGCCAUAUAGAGAUUCUAAAUCACUUAUCAUUGAUCGUUUCUUCUUGGGUGGUCCGACCUCAGUCAGAGGUUUUCAAAUGCGAUCUAUCGGCCCUCAUAGUAAUGGUGACUAUGUAGGUGCUGAGGCGUUCAUGGCUGCUGGUCUACACCUGUAUACACCUCUACCAUUCAGACCCGGUAGAGGGAGCUUUGGGGAUCUCUUCCGAACACACCUGUUUGUGAAUGGUGGACAUCUUGCUAAUGUUAAUUUAGAAACACCUAAUUGGAGAGAAGAUUUACAACAGCUGCGACAGACUGUGCGAUGUAGUUAUGGUGCUGGUAUUUUACUACGACUCGGUAGGAUAGCAAGGUUUGAACUUAAUUAUUGUGUACCAGUAUCAGCGCAGGCUGAAGACAAGAUACAGGGUGGAGUUCAAUUUGGUGUUGGAAUUAACUUUCUUUGAUGAGUAAUAAGCAGUAAAUAUUAGCAAUCAAGAGGAUUUAUUUCAUAAAGUUUAAAAUAGAAAUGGGAACUGUUAUUACAGCUAAGCCACAUUCUUAAUAAUGCAUACUACAUUAAUAACAUAACCUGGCCAUCAACAUUCAAGAACCUUUUCACGAUCCUGCGUAGCUCUGAAAUGAUGCAUGUUUGUUGUGCAAGGUGACGUUUAUGAUCGUGAAAAAAUACAGAAUUGCUAGGUAUAAAUUGUUUUCCAUGCAAGCUGCUUGUUAAUGUUGUGGCGUAUGCUUAGAAGUCGGUUAAUUUUUCAAUUCCUAUACAGUAUUAUGAACAUUAGGAGGAAUACUGUACUUUCAAAUUUUUGUCAUGUAUUAAUAUAACAAUUGUUAUUGUUUUUCCUGAAUUAUGUUGAAAAUUUGAGGCAUUGGAAGCAAGUAUCUAUUAUAUAAAUGCAAUGACUUUAAUUAAAUCUAUAAAUACAUAGUAUAAAUAAAGAAUUUGUGUAAUUGUGUGUGAAAAAUGGCAUCUCUAUUUGACCAAAACACAAUAAGAAUGGGGGAAGUGGUUGGGAAUUAUUUUUUUCUAAAGCAACCAUUAUAGAAUGUAUCAAUGCUUAUUGGACUAGCCACUGUAAUUGCCAUUUAAAUAAUGGUCUACAGAUUUUCUUCUAAUUUCCAACACCAAAAAGUGAGACCACUCCAAAUAUGGAGGGUGACUGUAUUUGAAAACCAUUGAGAGACCAUCCUAUGGUCUAAUCAGUUUAGCUAUUACUUUCAUAAUCAAUGGGUUAAGACUGUUUUAUAGCAACCCACCCUACAAAUGAAUCAUUACAGUUGAACUUGCCUAAGUCGAAUCCAAAAUGCCAUUGGAGUAUUGUUGAUAAAAUUCGACUUGCAGAUUGUUCAUUAAUGGAAAACACAACAAUUUGACAUGUAAAAUUAGAUAGACUUAGAAAUUAUUCAACUUAGGCAAGUUUAACUGUAUACCAAAUUUCAAAAUUAAAAAGACCUUGACAACAGUUGAGUAUCGAUCAGUUUUAUUUCCUUAUACAGAAUAGACCAGAUAGACAAUGGUGCCAGCUAAGAUUUUGAUGACAUCGUCCUUAAAAAUAUCCUUGAUAUGAUAAAGUCCAUGUUGAUUCAGGUAGUCGUCCUUCAAAUGUUGAAAAUAAAAAUGAUCAAUGCCACAUAACCACAAAAUCUCCAUAUAGCGUACUGUUUUUAGAAGUUGAGCUUCGUU